GUCACAGACCGUCACCGACCACCGGGACGAAAGGGCAAGCGCCAGAUUUCGUUUUAUAUACAUGCAAGAAACCAUCGUUUUCUUUCAUCCUUAGCUUCGAGAAUCGAACAUUCUCCAAAUUCUAUUUGCUGGCUGUAGUUGACAGGGAGGUUUCAGUUCAUUGGCGGAUGGCUUCUGGUCCUCCCUCAGUGGCUUCAACCAAGGAGACAACAAACUAUGCACGGCUUUGUCGCCUUCUGGUGGAUGUCGGGUCCCAGGUCUUAAGAGACACAUUUGAUGGUAUACAUUCGCCGGAAGGACUCCAUAAAGUUUUGGCUCGUCACCCAGAACAUGCAAAACUACAGUCUCUUCGGAAGAAGAAAGUUAUUAAUCCCACACAAUGGGGGAAGUUGUUCCCUGUCGUUACAGCUUCUGUUUCAUCAGCUAGCUUUGAUAUCACACUCUUAGUGGUGCUAUUGAGGAAUAUCUGUGGUCUUAGUCCUCCUAUCAAUGGUUGGGACCGUCUUCCUCCUGUAGCAGAAGGCAGUGCAUCAGCUAACAUAGCCAGGGUGAAGUUUUACCGAAAUACUACAUACGGUCACGCUGAGCAGGCUGCAGUCGAUGACACCACAUUCAACACCUUAUGGCAGGAUAUCGGUGAUGCAAUAGUUGGAUUAGGAGGAGCAAAGUACGCUGCAGCUAUUAUCAAGCUCAAGAAUGAAAGUAUGGAUCCUGAUAUGGAGGAACACUACAAGGAGUUGCUAUCAAUGUGGAAAAAAGAUGAGGACAACAUUAAAGAAAAGCUUGAAGAAGUGGAAGGAAAGCUUGAACAUGUUGAAGAACAAGUAAAAAACGUCAGUGAAAAGUUAGAUGCCAUCCUUGGAUCAAAGCAAGCUGAAGAUGAUUUUGAUCCAACUGAACUGAUCGAUGGAAUACGACAACUUUACAAAGUCCGCGAUGGAUGGUUGGCACCAUUUCUGUGGUGCGAGGACUUUUGUUUUCAUCUUGGUGAUAUCUAUACCAGACUCAGAGUGGUAAGCAGAAUGAAAGCAGGAGGGAGAGCCACAGGACACGUUGUUACCAUGUCUGAAAUAUUCAAGUCGCACGAAGAAUGUGAGAAUCCAAGAUCAUCGUUAAUUGAGGGGAAGCCUGGUAUGGGAAAAACCACAUAUUGCAAGAAACUUGUUUAUGGUUGGGCGAUUGGAAAGCAAGAAACAGGUGGCUUCCUACCAAGCUUCAAAAUCGUGUUGUUCAUCAAAUGUCGCGAUAUGAAGGGAGACCUAUGGGCGGCUAUUGAUGAUCAGCUUCUUCCUCGAGGUAUCGAUGAGGCCGAGAAGGAGAAAUUCUUCAACUUCAUUCGCCGCAAUCAGUCUGCGGUUCUGCUGGUCCUUGAUGGAUUGGAUGAAGUUUCUGUGAGUAAACUACCAAUGUUUGCCGAAAUCAUCCAAGGAAGGCUUCUUCCAAAGUGUUACCUGGUUGUUACAGCGCGACACGAAGCUGGAGUUCAAGUUAGAAGACAUUGUGACACAUUGCUGGAGGUUGAAGGGUUCACUGAAGAGGAUGCGCGAAACUUUAUCACCAAGUACUUCAAAACAAGGGAGAAUUUGGCCAAAACUCUCAUCGAAGAGAUUGGAAAAGAUAAAAAGUUGAAAGACAUGGCGGCAAAUCCUCUCAACACCGCACUUUUUUGCCUGGUUUGUGAGGACUUUGAAGGGGUCUUCCCAGAAAGUAGAACGGAGCUGUAUGUGGAAAUAGUGCAAUGUGUUUUAAGAAGAUACAAGCAAAAGAAACAACUGCCAGUAAACGGCGAAGACUUCAUUGAAGAGUACGGAACCCAACUAAAGCACCUUGGCGGGAUAGCACUUAACGGUUUGCUCGAAGACAACUUAGACUUUGACGAAAGUCAGCUUGGAAAUCACAAAAGUGAGUUACCUGGAUUUGGAUUUCUCUCCGUUCAGCCUGGAGGCAGCAAAUUAAGACCGCGCCGACGUUAUGCUUUCCUUCACAAGAGCUUUCAAGAAUGGUUUGCCGCGUACUAUCUGAGUCGUCGAUUGAUUGCGAAGGAAAUCAGCCCCAGCGAAGUAGCUGUUGACAAGUGUUUCAUCCAACAGUUGAAAGAAGUCCUUCCAUUUGUCUUUGGUAUCUUAUCAGCACGAUGCGAGGAGACAACGGUGAUCCUAGUCAAGAGCAUAACGUCACACUUGAACCAGGAGGUGGAUGAAGUCAGAGAUAGAUGGUUCAGGGUUGUAUUGGACUGCAUCAAAGAAUGCAAGGAGGAGAACGAUCUACCAACUCGCUUGUCACGUGAUUUUGGCUCGCUUCUUCAACUGGAAUUUGUCUCUCUUGAAAGGUCAAACGUUUGUGAUCCUGAUGUUGUUAUUCUGGCUGAAGCACUUAAAACCAAUACAACCUUAACAAGUUUACAUAUUUCAUUCAAUGCAAUUGGAGAAGAAGGCGCUGUCGCUCUGGCCGAGGCCCUUACAAGCAAUUCGUCCCUGAGAGUGUUGAAUUUAGGUACUAAUAGGAUUCUUGGUCCUGGAGCCUGUGCGUUAACUGGUUUACUCAAACGCAACACAACUCUGACGGAAUUGUUAGUACCUUUCAACAACAUCCUCGACUCUGGUGCUGAUGCUCUGGCCGAAGCCCUGAAAUGCAACGUGUCUCUGUCAAGACUAGAUUUGUCUUUUAAUAACAUUGGCCAUCCUGGUGCUACCACCCUAGCGGGUGCCAUUAAGUGCAAUGGAACCCUGACGGAUUUGAGACUGUCUGGCAAUAAAAUAGGAGACGCUGGUGCUUCUUUCCUUGCGGAUGCAGUACAAGUGAACGCCAAUUUAAAGAUGAUUCUUUUGGCUGGUGGUUCCAUUGGAGAUGCUGGUGCUACUAGUCUGGCUGAAGCACUCAAAUGCAACAAAACCUUGAAAGACCUGGGUUUGCACGAUAAUGAUAUUGGAGAUUCUGGCACCACUGCUUUAGCAGCUGCCCUUGAAUGCAAUAAUUCCUUGGAAAGGCUGGAUUUAUCGAGCAACAAAAUUACUGAUCAUGGCGCUCUCGCUUUAUCUAAUUCCCUUAAGAGUAAUACUAUUCUGAAAGAGCUGUAUUUGGCUCGCAACAGCAUCGGUUAUCGUGGUGUUAACGUCCUAGCUGAUGAAGCUAAAGGCAGCACGACCUUGACGAAGUUGCAUUUGUCUGGCAACAGGGAUGCCGAGGCUGUAGUUCGGGAACUCCGCUCAAAACUUGGCGAUCUUAUUGCGUAACCCAAUCUACGUUUAGACUUUCUUUAACACUUUUAAAUUGACCGUAGUGUAAUCAAAGUCAAAAUGAUUACCGCAGCUAAUCAGAUGUUAAACAUUACGAGGAGCCAAUGGGAACGCAAAGUAAAAAUAUGUCAACGGACUCAAAUGCAGACAUAACCAGAUCGAUGGUGAUUGGUUUUAGUUUUGAAUACGAUAUGUGGAGAUUGGGUACCAAUUGUAAUGCAAAAUGAAGGACCGUUGCAAUCUGGAAAGAACGUGGCCCCUCAAAAGUAUUGAAAAUGGUUUUAGCUGAACAGUA